AUGCAGAUAAAUAACAAGUAUUAUUUCAUAUUUUUGAUACUCAAGCUUAUACGAACUUCGAACUGCAGCAGUAGCGAGGAUGAGAGUCUGUCGUUUGUUGAUUUGGUAAACCUAUUAUUCCCGGACUGCAACCCAGAAAUAAGACAGAACUUCGAAUUUACACUUUCGAACUUCGAGUUCGAGGUUACAAGAAAUGAUGUCAAUGAUCAGGGCUUCAUUGAGUCCCAUCGGAAUUUAACCUUGAACGAGAUGAUGAGUAAGGUAGAAGAGCUAAAAGUAAAAUUUCAAAGACAGGAGAACAAAAUGAUAAAACUAACUCAAUUCAUUGAGUUUAUGGAGAAGUUUAAGGCAGCAGCAAAAGUGGUAGCCGAUGCGUAUCUAACGACGUUACAGUCGGUUUCUGCAAAACAAUCUAUGACAAUUCCGGAAUUAUUGGAUCGAAAGAAUGAGGAACUGCUUGAAUACUCUGAGACUGGGAAUGCGGCUAAGCACAGACGGAAUACGGGCCAGGGCUCCAGAGAUUCUAGUAAAUCUGGUAAGGAUGAACUCAUCGGAUCGCAAGGCAAAGCGAUUAGUAAAAUUAACCGAGAAAUGUGUAAAUUGAAGCAGGUGGUCGCUCAGAUCAAGGAAAACGAUGAGCAGGUCUUGCACUUGACCAGUCAAAAUGCUAUUUUGGAAACCAAGUUGGAAGAAGCUGAGAAUACUUACAAGAAAAUACUUUGCUCGCAUGAGGUUGCGCAGUCACAAAUCCACAAAUGUGCAGAUGAGAUAAAGCAAAUCUUCGAUAGCAUGGAUGUGAAAAACUCAUCUGCGGAUGAUAAUGUGCCUUCAGAUGCUGUUCGUAUGACUUUACCACCGAGCCCUCGGGUUGCACAACCUCGUUUGGGCCACCCAUCAUUCGAUAAUGGUCAGGAAUACGAGUCGAUCCCAAUUGAAAGCAUGUCAUCACCUAACAGUCCGAGUGCUGCCGGGCAUCCGGAAUAUCACUCUAGCUUUGUCGAUCCAUCUAUCUCGUCUAAGAUACGAUCCAGAAGGAGAAAUAAACAAGAUGAGAAAAACACAUUAAUGUUCAACGAGAUUGUCGAUUUGUGCAACAAGUUGAGAGAGCACUUUUGUAUGUCGGUCAUGCCGGAUGGAAAUGUGCGCGAACCGACGCUGGUGGAGCUAAAAAGCGCGUACAAAAAAUUGAAAUCAGAUAAAUAUUGCGAGAGUGAUGAAAACGUUGCCCGUGUUGCGUUGUACCGAUACGAACAGACAAGACGAGACCUUGAAGUCAUUGGGAUGUUGGUCAAGGAAUUCUUAAUGUCUGGUGCUUGUACUCUACAGAAAGUCGAAUCUAUCAUGGGUAUGUUGACUUCUCUCUGGUCCAAGGUGAAUAGUGGUAUGAAGUAUGCUGAUACUAUUCGACAAAAAAUCAUGGAUGAUGAUAUUGACGUACCAGUGGAGUUGUCCCCAUUCCAGGAACCGGAGAGCUUGCAAAAUUCAUCUGUGUUUGACCAAGCGGAUGCAAGGAGUAAAACCAAGAGAAAUGUUGCUGCGCCGAGGGAUGUUAAGCAUGGCGCUUCACUCACUGCCGAUCAGGUCAGUAAAUCGUCAGCGUACGCGCCAGCUCAAUUUGAGCUAACUCAAGAUGGGAGGACACUUUCCGAUAAAAUUGGUAUUCUUUUGAAGAAGUCGAAUAAGAAAUUUGCGGCGUCGGCGAAGGCUUCUCCUCUCGUAGAGCGCACGAGGGCUACACCGAAUGAAGCUAUUUCAUCAUCAAGAAAAGGCGAGAACACGAGUAAACUGCAACAGCCAAGUACGGCAUCGGAUAAGGGCGAGCGCCCUCUGCAACAUGCAAGAGUUCUCAGUGCAGAACAACCAAGUCCGGCAUUGGAUAAGGGCAAGCUCCCUCUGCAACAUGCAAGAGUUCUCAGUGCAGAAGAAGCGUUUGGAAUUGUCAACACAAUGCUCAAACAGCCUUUUAAGGCACCUUCUCAAUCCGAUAGUCAUUCCGAACACGAAUCAUCAUCAAGCACCCCUACGGAAUCGUCAUGUGACAACGAUGAUGUCGUUGUACCCAAGAAAAAAGUGUCGCCUACCUAUAUGGCGCAUUUGAUACUAUCGGGCAUGAAUGGUGAUCAAUAAAUGCUGAG